GCGCUCGAUUAUUACUGCCUGCAGACAAGAUGGCGGCUGAUCGUCAGAUGUGACACUUUCGACGCUCGCCGUUUUCUCUUCAUAUUUUUGUGAAGAAACACCUGGCUGAGAUGGGGUUAACGCAGAGUUCGGGCGUGUCCGAAGGCGGCACGUACGGAUACCACGUCCACGGUGUGCAACUGAAUUCACCUGCAGAAAAAUGUGGACUGCUGCCCUUCUUUGACUUCAUUCUGUCGCUGGACCACAAACGACUUAAUGAGGAAAAUGAUCAGCUCAAGGAGCUCCUGAAAGCCAAUAUGGAGAAAGCGGUGUGCAUUGAGGUGUACAGCACCAAGACAAUGAAGGUUCGGGAACUGGAGGUGGUGCCCAGCAAUAUGUGGGGAGGACAAGGCUUGCUGGGGGCAAGCGUUCGUUUCUGCAGCUACCAAGGAGCCAAUGAGAACGUCUGGCAUGUGCUGGAUGUGGAAGCCAGUUCACCCGCUGCCCUUGCAGGCCUCCGUCCUCACACUGACUACAUUGUUGGCGCAGAUCAGGUAUUGCAAGAUUCAGAAGACUUCUUCUCGCUGAUUGAAGCUCAUGAAGGGAAGCAACUGAAACUGUCGGUGUACAACACACAAAUGGACGCCUGCAGGGAGGUGGUGGUCACCCCAAAUGGAGCUUGGGGAGGCGAGGGCAGUUUAGGUUGUGGCAUUGGGUAUGGCUACCUGCACAGAAUCCCUGCACCUCCUGAUCUGUCCAUACAAACGCCCACCGGCCCUCCACCUCCUGCUCCUCCUCUUGUUCCCGAGGAAGGAGCGCCUGCAGAGCUGCCUAACCAUGGCUUCACAGAGGCACCAUUGAUGGCGCCUUCGAACCAAAGUGAGGAUGUGUUGGACUUGGAGCAGGUGACCCUCCAGGAUGCUCCUCUACCUCCACCCAUCCACCGCGUCACAGACCCUGGCUUGUUGGAGUCUGAGGUCGCCAUGAUGAGCCCCGAUCCUGCUGAUCUGCUGGACAGGUUGGACGUGUCCGUGUCGUCCAUCGACAUGAACGACACCUCCCUCGCCAUAAAGGACGAACGAGACAACGAGAUCUCUGGCGUUGGGGAGCAUGAUGGAAGUGAUCUUCAUCCUUCCAAGCAGACUGACUCAGCAGAGUCCACGGCGCUCUCUUCUUCGAUGACUCAGCAGUCCGAUACGGGCGUCUCUUACCCGGAUUCUGCCCACCUGCAAGACUCCCUCUGCGAGUCGGGUUCCAGCCCCGGUCCACCCUACUCCCUCAUAGACCCACCCGAGUCGUCCAAUGAACAACCUCCUUGUUCCCAUGCUGCAGACCACCUUCCGCCCUCGCUACCAGGUGAGUCACUGGUCGCCGAGUCGCCUUCUCAGGGAACCAUGGAAGACGCGCCCAAAGACGAGAGUCCUGCUCAUCAGUGUGAGCACCAGGACCACGGGCACGGACUGCAGGAGCCCACAUUUCAGUAAGACCACAUCAGGAGGAACUGGCUUCAAGUAGAGGUGUUGUGUUUUUUUAAUCAAGUUACUGCUGUAUUGUCGCCUAAUGCCAGAUGAUACGGGUCUGAACGUGCCGAUUGUACAGGCGGAUACUAUCACAACUAUUACAGUAGGGAAGGGAUUCAUACAGCCCCCAUGUCUAGGUGGAUCUCGAGUGAGAGGAAGAGGGGGUUAAUCAUUUGGCAAUGCAGUCUGCUGAACAUGAUGGAAAGCACCACUCUAUGUAGCGACAAAACACAUUUGAAGAUAUUCAACAGUCCAAGCUAGAGAUGUCCGAUAAUAUCCGACUGCUGCUUUAAAAUGUAAUAUCGGAAAUUAUUAGUAUCGGUUUCAAAAAGUAAAAUGUAUAACCUUUUAAAACGCCGCUGUGUGCACGGAUGUAGGGAGAAGUACAGAGCGCCAAUAAACCUUAAAGACACUGCCUUUGCGUGCCGGCCCAAUCACGUAAUAUCUACGGCUUUUCACACACACACACAAGUGAAUGCCAUGUGUACUUGGUCAACAGCCAUACAGGUCACACUGAGGGUGGCCGUAUAAACAACGCCAACACUGUUACAAAUAUGCGCCACACUGUGAACCCACACCAAACAAGAAUGACAAGCACAUUUCGGGAGAACAUCCGCACCGUAACACAACAUAAACACGACAGAACAAAUACCCAGAAGCCCUUGCAGCACUAACUCUUCCAGGACGCUACAAUAUACACCCCCCCGCCCACCUCAACCUCCUCAUGCUCUCUCAGGGAGAGCAUGUCCCAAAUUCCAAGCUGCUGUUUUGAGGCAUGUUAAACAAAAUAAUGCACUUUGUUAAGUUAAAGUACCAAUGAUUGUGUCACACACACUAGGUGUGGUGAAAUGUGUCCUCUGGGAGGUGAGGGGAGCAGUGGGCAGCAGCGGUGCCGCGCCCGGGAAUCAUUUUUGGUGAUUUAACCCCCAAUUCCAACCGUUGAUGCUGAGUGCCAAGCAGGGAGGUCAUGGGUCCCAUUUUUAUAGUCUUUGGUAUGACUCGGCCGGGGUUUGAACCCACAACCUACCGAUCUCAGGGCGAACACGAACCACUAGGCCACUGAUUAGGUUGUGACUUCAAUAAUAAAUAUGGCAUUUUUUUUCCAUAACUUGGGUUGAUUUAUUUUGGAAAACCUUGUUACAUUGUUUAAUGCAUCCAGCGGGGCUUCACAACAAAAUUAGGCAUAAUAAUGUGUUCAUUCCACGACUGUAUAUAUCGGUAUCGCUUGAUUACGGAAUCGGUAAUUAAGAGUUGGACAAUAUCGGACAUCUCUAGUCCAAACCUUUUCCACUAAGGGGCGAAACACAGAAAAAUGAUAUUUUUCAUUUUCAGAACCAAUACAAUAUGUAUUGUUACCCUUAGGGCUUCACUUUUGGGGAACGUUAAAGGUCCUAGGGACCCAAAAGGGUCUCACUCAUAAAAAUGUUAAAAAAAACUUUUUUGUUUAACUUUCAACACUUAAAUAUCUAUGAAUCAACUCCGGUUCUAUCCAUUGACAAUAAGUUUUAAAUAUUUUUAAAAAUCUCCCCCCAAAAUGUUCAAAGUUGAAUAUUUGAUGAGAAAUCAUUGGAGUGUCAAAUAGAAGAAUAAUUCAUAACAUUGAUUUUGAUUAAUUAUUAUUUUUCCAUCAGAGUAAAGGUCUCAGGGAUCCAAAAGGUCCCUAAAGUGCUAAAAAUAAGUCCUAAAUCAUUAUUUUUACUUUCAACACUUAAAUCUUAAGAUCAACUUCAGAUCCGUCCGUUGAUUUUAAGUUACUAUUUUUUGAGCAAAGACAAAAAAACUAUACAAACUUUGCAGUUUUGUUAUUGCUGUCAAUAUCACACCUGUUCGCUAUUUUUUAAAUUCCACUUUUUAAUGUUUUUUUUGGGGGGGAUAGUCAUUUAUAAAUGUGUCGUAAAUUGUUGAAAAAUUAACUGCGGGCCGCACUUUGGACACCCCUGUUCUGCCAUCUGGCGGCUAAAGUGGAUUUUUUUUGUCACGUUUCACGUGUCAGGUAAAAUGCGACAAACGCGACCAUAUGACUCCCCUCCCUCCUGCGGUACAACACUACAAACAUGAACAAAGGUGUGAUGCCACCAAGUCCAGGCUUGUGAUUGGACAACAUGUGCGUGACAGCACUGGGGUGGUAGCAGACUGGUGUGGAUGGAGGAGGGCUUUGAAAGUGUUGGUGAUGCAACUCUUUUUUAGUUUCAAACACCUUUCUGUAGAAAUACCCACAUUUAUUGUCACUUAAAUUCCCACAUUUUUACAGCUAAUGAACCCUUCCUGCGCAACAUGAAAUAUUGUGAUCUAUGCAACAUUUGUCCCUUACUUGACUUCAAAUAUGUUUUAAAAUGGCAAUUAGGUGGUGUAGUUACGGGGCUGUGUAGUAAUUGUUAUUCUGAGGGGGGAGUGUAUUUAUCAUUCUAAAUAGCUGCUUUCAGUAAAAGGAAGUAUUUUUGCAAAUAUUGUACAUGUUUGUUGUUUCUUUUUAGGAAUGAAUGGGCUAACUGUCAAAUGGGGUGAAGAUUUGAUAGUAAAAAAAAAAUUGAACACUAAACGUCUUUUGUUGUUUCAGACUUCACAACACUUUCAACUCAAAGCACAUCUGUGGAGGGAAAUUACUGGGGAAAAACUGCACACAAAGUUUGCGAGUAAACAAUUUUCUUCCAAAAAAAAUCUUUGUUAGUUCAAAAAACUAAAAUAAUUCUGCUACUUAAAAAAACCAUGUUUUUUCUGUAACAAGCUGUAUAUUUCAUGCCUAAAAUGAUCAAAGGCAGAGCGAGGCGAGGAGACGUGCCGGGAAAAAAAUUAUUCACAUCCCAAUCUUCCAUCCGUCCAUUUUCUACCGCUUGUCUUUUUUGGGGGGGGUUAUGUAAAAUCGGUUAAAAAUGAUUCAAAAAUCAAUUUUUAAAGAGGUUUUAGUCACUCUGUGUAUACCACACAGCUUUUGUAACCUGUUUUAAAGAAGGUUUUAUUCAACAAAUAUAUUAUUAUCUUUAGUGUUGACUUAAUUUUUCAACUUUAUGUUACUCAAACAACUAGCACAUAACAUAACUUUGUGCGGGGGUAUAGCUCGGUUGGUAGAGUCGCCUUGCCAGCAAGACACUUUACCCACCUGCUCCAAGUGUAACAUAGAUAUUGGGUUUGACACACCUCACCUCACCUCACCUCAAAAUUGGCGUCACGAACAGGAUGGGUCGACAUCCGGACUCCCGGUCACUUAAGGCAGAGUUGAGUUGCACAGCGCAUCUAAAGGUAAGCAAUUUUGCUUAAUGUGUAAACGCUGUCUGUCUGGAGAUGGUCGGGACUGGUAAGACUAAUUGCUGAACAUAUUUUUGAUAAAGAAUAGGUUUAGUCAAGUUCUCCCAAAAACAACUUGGGAUGGGGUAUGUAUGGUUUGCUUGGGUUGCUAUAUAUGUGAUUAUAUUGUCUGUGUGUUUGUUUGAACAUUAAAGGGGAACAUUAUCACAAUUUCAGAAGGGUUAAAACCAUUAAAAAUCAGUUCCCAGUGGCUUAUUUUAUUUUUCAAAGUUUUUUUCAAAAUUUUACCCAUCACACAUUAUCCCUAAAAAAAGCCUGAUUUUAACCAUCGUUAUAUACACCCGUCCAUUUUCCUGUGACGUCACAAAGUGAUGCCAACACAAACAAACAUGGCGCAUAGAACAGCAAGC